CCUCCCUCCAGGUUUUCUCUCCUCCUCCUCCUUCUCUGGGUCACGCACCCAUCCUCCCCCCACCCCCACGCCACUGUCCUCGAUGGGCGGGGCUUGCCGAUGGAACGCUACGGUUGCCUAGGGGACGGGGCAAGCCUAGUCCGGGGGUGUCCAGUGUUUCACUGACUGGACUUGGAGGGCAGGGCAGCUGGAGCGCGCUGCGACAGAACAAGGCGGUGACUGUCUGUGGGUCAGUCGGACAUUCCUUCUUUUGAGUGGGAGGCACCUCAGCGACCCGAGAAGCGGCAAUGAGCCGGUACUCGCCUCGAUGUUCCGGGGCUCCUAGGACCGUGCCUUCCAAGGCUCCAAGAAUGCUAGAAGUAAUUGGCCCUGAAGGUGAAAUAAUUUUGGAAACUGACUUGAGAAUUUCAGGACGAAAUUGUUUGGACACAUCAGAAGUUAUUAAGGAACCAAAGAAUAGAUACUACAGUAAAUUGCAAGUGCUUGAUGCAAAGGAAGAAGUGGUUAUUGAACCAGCUGAAGCAAUGUCACGUAAAGGACUCCUGAGAAAUGGAAAAGAAUUGGCAAGCAAACCUCACACACCAGCAACACAAUCCUCUCAAAGUAUGACUAAGAUAUCCUCAGAAAAGAAGAAAAUUUCUUCAAAGAGUAAUGAAAAUAAAGAUUUAUUUAUGAAUUCAGACAAUAAAUCACAAACUUCUUCCAUUGUAGGAGAAAAAACAGAAGAAUCAGACCCAAAUAUCUCUGCUCCCAAGAAAACCAUCCCUCAGGAUGAUGCAGUUGAUCACAACUCUAAAGGCACAGAUGAAGACGCAGCAGUUGCAAGCACAGGGAGAAAUAAUGAAUCCUCAGAAAGUCCUGAUGAUAGGCUGUCAGAAAAUAUUAAAGAUGACAAUGAGAAAGGAUGUAGUACGACUGUAUUUCUUGAGAAAAAUGUCGCACCAUUGGAGUUAAUGACAGAGUUCCUAAGAGCAGUAAUGGGUCGAAACUACACUGUGGCAAAAAAAUUAUGUGAAAUGAUACUUGUCUAUGAACCAGAAAAUCCUGAAGCUAAACAGUUUUCCUCACUGAUUGAAGAAAAAUUGCUAAUGGAAAAAACCCAUAGUCAUGAAGAAGAAAGUGAAGAUAGUAGUGAUGAUAGUGAAGAAAGCAGUGAUGAAGAAAGUGAAGACAGUUCUGAUGAAUCCGAAGAAAUAUAAAAAAAAAUUCCUAUGACUCCCAUUGUACAAUGGUUUUUCAUUCGUUUUGGUUACUUUCACCUUUUUUAUUAGCAUUUCCUACCAAAAUAUAAUGAUAAAAAGUAAGGUGAUUUAAUGACAAUGAAAGCAUAUUAAAAAGAAAUCUAUUACUCUCCUGGUCUAAUGGUUUUUUAAUUCAUAUUUAGAAAUAUUCCCAUUAUUUUUAUUAGUAUUCACAAUAAAAACAUUUUAAUCUUUUUUGCAAUAUUAA